AUGAUGGCGACCAAGACACUAUCACAUGAGAAGAAGCGAUCAGCAGGGGAAGGUCCAGCGGAAAGCGCUCCUCUUCCUCAACGUCCAUUCAAAGCAGCUCAUGACUCGUUUCGUCUACGAAUGUUUCAAGAACAACAUGGAUUUGAACCGGUAGUUUUUAUGACUAAAAAACGAACAAGAGACAACAAAUCAGUGAUGAGCGAGUUCAAAGGUGGCGAUCUGAACAAGUACACGGCGAAAACCUACGCGAUUCAGAACGGCAACGAGGUGUUUGGAGGUAUGAAUCGGCUGAGGUUGUUGGUAUUUUUGGUAUUUUUUGUGGCUUUUCAGUAG